AUGAUGAAUUCUUAUGCACAGCAACUCAAGGAAGAAUAUGAGAGGCGUAUUCGAGCACUGGAACGAACAAUCCAUGGCGAGAAGGAGAGACGACGACAGCUUGCUUUCCAGCACAAACAACUUGAAGCACAGCUGAAAAAACUCCGACGAGAAAACGUUGUGCUGGAGAAGCAAUUGAAGGAAGUUAAAAAAUGCGCGACAUGCUCCCAUCUGGGUUUGAUUUGA